GGAGUAAGUGAAUUUGUGGUGUUAAAGUGUGGCUUUAGAAGGGAUUUGUUGGAAAGCAUGUGUCUCAUCUUCCUGAGGCAAUUUCAGGAGGCCAGAGCUUGCUGAAAUCCACCUCCCAGCACUUCCGGGCAGUGGGCGAGGCAGGCAUGAGUCCCACGAUGCACCGGGCUGGUUAGAGUUGACUACACCCUGGGCAAGAGCUCGGAAGCAACAGGGGUCUUGAGAAGCAAUGGCCGCAGAAGCCACCGUGAACGCCGCCUCCACCGAGUGCCACCCCGUGGUCAGCACAGCAGCCGACAGCUUCGUUUGGCCGCCAGACUCCCUGAACAUGCACGUCAUACGGCCCAAGUCCGCCAAGGGGCGCACUCGGCCGAGUCUGCACAAGCCCCAGGGCGCGGGGCUGUGCCCGCACCGCACGCCAUCUUCUCCGCCUCCGGCCAUUCCCUGCGAGCCGCCAGGCAGCCAGAAACCGGGAGCCUGUGCGCCCAGAUCGCCAAAUCAGGGAGCGCCCCAUGAGGUCCCCGAGCUGCUGCAGCAGGUGCCCUUAGGGGCUUCCUCAUCCCUCAAUAGAUACCCGGUCCUUCCUUCCAUCAGCAGGAAGACCCCGGAGGAGGGGGCUGGGGAAACAGUCGCGAAAAAGGCCGGCUCCCUGCAGCUGGGCAGCAUCCAGGCUCUGCACCAAGAGGAGGCCUGCACCAUGAAGACAGGCAAAGAAGGUUCCAGAGCUCCAGCUUGUUCCCCAGAGAAGAAACUCUUCGUCCAAACCAGGAGACAGAGCCCCUCCGGGGCCAGAGUCCCGGAGGAGCCAUCAGAUCAAGAGCCGAGGCUGCUGCUCGCUGUGAGGUCACCGUCAGGCCGGAGGUUCGUCCGCCACUUCCGGCCAACCGAUGACUUACAGACCAUUGUGGCCGUGGCUGAGCACAAGAACAAGGCCACCUACCAACGCUGCUGCAUCGAAACGAUGGAGGUGCCCAGGAGACGUUUCUCUGACCUCACCAAGUCUCUGCAAGAGUGCAGGAUCCCCCACAAGUCGGUGCUGGGCAUCUCCCAGGAAGGCAGGGAGGAGCGGAUCUGAGUCCACAGCCCCGCGGCUGGGGUCCUGGGUCUCCGAGCAGGGAGCGCUCUCAGGUGCCAUGGCCUCCGGGGCAGAGGGUUCCAAGUGCCCUGGGAGCCUGGUGCAGCUCUGAUUCUUGGCAUUCUCGUCUUCACGGCGUCUCCUUUGAAGCAGUGAAGUGUGCACCUGCACCAGGUGCACUGAGAAGAUUCUCUUCCGGUUCUCUCCAACCCCGGAGUGGACUGGUCAGUUACCAGGGCUGCUCCCAGAACAGCUGUGACCACGCCUCCUCCUUCCUAGAGUUUGGGACCUUCUUGGAGCCCCUGCUCGCCUUUACAAUGAUAUCUCCCCCCCCCCCGCGCCUCUCUCUUCCUCUCUCUCUCUGCCAGUGUUUUGCCUUUCUGUAUUUGACACAGGAUUAAACACUUCCCAGAGAGGAUUCUAGUCUGGUAAAUAACCAGGGUUCAAAAAAUGUGGAACUGGCAUUUGUAUUUCUUGUAAGCAUCUUUUAAGAAACAGGUGGUGACCCUGUUUCGGAAGCAGCCCCUUUGCUGAGCUCGUGAGGCUAGUUUCUUGGGGUUUUCUGUGUCUGCGAAUGGCGGCAGAGGAAAGAACAGGUUCUUUUGCCAGUCCAGAUCUCCCACGACAUCAGCAUGUCUGAAACAGCCUGAAGGCUGGAAAGCACAGCGCUUCCACAGCCAUAGCUUAGCCAGUAGCUACUUUGAAAUAGAGAGACUGAUCAGCUUUGCAACCUUUGGUAGCCAAUCUCUGGGUGCAAAACUCUUCCAAAAUUUCAGAAAAGCCAGUGUAAUCUGAUUCCCUUUGCUUUGGUCAGCAAUGGAAUCUUUCGUUUUGGAAUCGUAUAAACCUGCAAGUCUGUACAGGUCCGUACUACAGGCUCUGCUGGCUUAUCUGGGUGUGGAUACGUUGUUUCAUCCCCCAGUUUCAGUGCGUCCUCAGCUUUAAACACAGAGGCUCCAGGGAGGCCCCUUUUCUCUGAUUUAGAAAUCCCCCUUGGGGGAGGGCACCUGGGUGUGGUGUGACGUGCUGUGCCUGUGCGGAGAGACCAUGUGACCGAGUGUCUGGCCGACCGGCACGAAGCGCUUCUGACCGCCUGAGCCUGUAGCUCUGUGGAAGACCACAGUCUCAUUUUUCCAACUCUGGCGACACGAACAAUUUGCCAAGUUCUCUUGUAUUGCUAGCUUAGCAAGACUCCCACGUCUCAUCUGGACCCCCUGUUCGGCCAAAUCACUACUCAGAGCAGGGAAACUUGGCCCCCCGCCUCCCCGCUCAGCCAUCACGCAGCCCUGAGGACAUAUACGCACUCAGAGAAGGCAGGCAGCUCUAGAAGCAUAUCAUGGCUGCUGCCUCCACCACAAAUGCAUCUGGGCCACAGAGAAGGGAUGUGGUUGGAAACGUGACUUCCAGAAAAUCGAUACUUAGCCGUGGAGAUUAGCACCACCAUUGUUUCCACUGACAGAGGCUGGCUUUGCCCUGACGGCUUCCCACACCCCCCAGCUCAGUCUAGAACAGGUGGCAGAAUUUCUUAAGACCGCCAGGGUUCGGUCAACAGCUCCUUUGACUGCAAAGGUCGGCCCAGGCAGCGCAUGCAACCAGCCUGGCCCCUCUCGAUGACUGACCACGCCAGAAGGGCCAGUGCCUCGAGCCUGGUACUCACAGUACAGGAGCUGCACCUCCCACCCAGGACGCCAGUACAUAACUCUGCCUUUGAUCUAGCCGGCUGGGGGAAGAGCCUCCCACAAAAUCACACCUACACAGUGGCAAGAAUAAAAUGCCACCCACCUGGGACUCGUUAAUUUCUCCAGGCAGGAAAUCUUUAGAACGCUCCGGUGGAAUGGGGCGUGCUCAAACGAGUUAGAACUUUCUGCACUCAGGGGUGUGCUGCUGCUAUGUAGCUUCAGAUUUGGGGGGUGACGAAAACUAGGGGAGGCAGGAAGCACAGACAUGUUUGAGGCUAUAAGAAUAAAACUAAAGUUGAACCAGCUUAAUAAAAAAAUUUUUUUUGGAUGAGAGAUGAUGAUUCUAGCAAUAAAACAGAUCUGUGUGAAACCGAGUUGCUGGAGAAGCGCACGCAUCUUCCCAUUUAGCCCAAGACUUCAGGGACCACAGUCUAGUGGACGGAGAGGCUCGUGAACCCGAGUGUUGGUUUCUCCUGGGCGAGCGCCUGGCUCUGCUGUUAGCUCCACGCCCUCUUCCCGAGGUGCCCCAGGCGCCUGCCCCUCCAAUCGCUCUCCUCAGCAGCUUCUGUUGUAGCAUGAGGCUUGACUCUGUGGAAAGAGGACCCUGAAUUUCUCCUAAAAAUCAUCCACGGACUCCCCCCUUAAGGUUGGCAAGGGCAGACUGCAUUUGGAAUUUGAGCAUUCCCACUGGCUCUGCGCUCUGGCCUCCUGGGCGAAGCUGGGCCCAGCGCGCUCCUCUCGGUGGCCCCCGGUGGGUCAGCUCCACCCACUCUGUAGUCACAGACCUCAGUCAUUCAUUGAUCCGGCAGUCAUGCAGGGCCUGCCUUGCGCCGUGUUUGGUGAUGGGCACUGUCACCCCAGUAAGGCAGCAUUGGUGAGAAAACACGAAACCAUCUCUCCUGGACUCUCAGCUCAUACCCUGAUGAAGUCGGCUGCUGUAGCUUUAUCCAUCAAGGGCCGUAGAGUGAGGAUCAGGCUAGACCACUGCUGUGUCUCCUUCCUACCUCGUGGAAAUGGCAACUCUUUGCCACGGGUUCUAUUGAUGGCACUAGGAAGGCCGCCCCCUAGGAGGGGUAUGGUAAGGGCUUCCAGGAUACCCCCUGAUGGAAUCCAGUAGGUAAAUUAGUCCUGGCAGCAGAAGGAACAGCAGGGGAAAUAAGUGACUCAUCAUUUAGAUUCCAAAACAUUUUCACCAACAGAUGGCAGGUGAUUUUAGCACAACAGCCCUUGCCCUGAAAGGACCGGGGGACCCAGCCAACAGCCAUCAAGCUGCGACGGCCCUGCUGAAGAGAUGGCCUGUGAACAUGACCGAGGGCCAGCGGCCACCCCAGAGCUCCCGCGGACAAUCCUGCACGAACAGAAAGUAGGUGAAGCGGCCCAGUGACAGACUGCUGUCAUGCGUGACAAAAGUGGGCAUUCCACAUGCUGAGCUCUGCUUCUCUCCCUACUCUCUUCUGCUACUUUCAAUGGGUUUUAAUGUCAAAGCGCUGUCCAAGGGGCAAAAAAAAAAAAAGCACUUUUCUUUUCAGAAUGUUGUCUUGAGAUCUUCAUAAUGAGUGGGAUACAUGGGUACACAGUUUCCUGUGGCUUGGGUUAUAGUUUAGAUGAUCCUUUUCUACGAUAAGAGGAUGUACUUUGCUACCUUUGAACAGAAUUGCAAAGAACACUAGAUUGUUUUCCUUGAGCAUUAGUUUGGAAAUCACCCCGAGAGUUAAGCAGGGACAUCGGUUCUCUUCGUCUGCAAAGGCGACACCCUGCAACACCAUGAAGAGUUUGCGAGCUGUUUUGCCCUCGCCCCAAAACUAGAUCCGGCCGAACGCCGCCCCACAAGCGGAGAUCAGAGGCCGUCGCGGAGGAGUCAGCCAUCCAAGUGCAGCGGCAUUUUGGUGACUCACAACGUACAAGACAGCACUCACCAUUACAAAAAUAAAGUUGGGUGUUUUAUUUUGCCUCCACCGGUGGUGUGACAUUUUCCUUUCCUGACUAGGGCAGUCUCUAGCAGCCCUUUCUGGCGUCCCCCUGUGCUCCUCCACCUUCCCGCAGCUGAGGAAGCAGCAGCGCGCCUGAACAGCCGAGGUGCAAGAACAGAUCGCUGCAGGUAUUUUUGGAUCCGCUUAAAUCCCAUCCAAAGAAGCUGAAGCACCGAUGUGACAACUGCCAGUGGGUACAAUUAAGCAAGGCUCGCUCUGACGGUCCUGCUGCUGUGCUGAGAGUGGACUGUGGGGGGGUCACAGUGGGAGAUGGGAGGCCCACUCCUGCACGUGGACAGUAACCAGGGGCAGGGAGAGUGGCGUGGGCCAGGCUGGCAGCCACGGGUGUCAGGAGAGGUGGUCAGCUCCUGAACAUAUGAUCUAUUUUCUUAAGGGGAAAAAGCACAAGAUAGUUGGACCAGGUAGGGCUUACUCCAGUGGACGUAGCUGACCAGGUCACCAACGGGGACCGUCUCUGCAGAAACAAACAAAGAAACAUGGCAGCAGCGAGACACACACGUGGUGACGGGAGAGACGCUACCCAGUAGUUUCCCUCCACGGGAAGGAAACGCGCGAAUGAGCUUCCACGAGGGAUGCAGAGAGUCCCAAAGCCAUUCAUUGCUUUAAUUAAGAAGAGAUGCAGCUACAAAGGUCGCUAUUUCACUUAAUGUGCAGUUAAACAAAAUCAAUUACUGUGCAACUCCAGGGAUAUGAAUACUGACCAAAGUCGCUUAGAAAGAAACCCUUGUUCCAGUAAAACAACACAUUGUUUCCAUCUCCCCUGCCUCCCUUCUUUCCAGGCAUUCAAACCCAGCAGCUGAUUCCUGGACACUUUUUUUUGUUUGUUUUUUGUUUUUUGUGAGAGGACAGACAAAACCACUGUCCUUUGGCCUCAUUAACAAAGCUCCUAGUUUCAUGUUUUUGAUGCCCAACUAUUCUUCACCAUGAGGACAUCUCUGGGCACUCGGUCCUUUUUGUCACCACAGCUGAGAACCACCUCUGACGUCCACCCAGUGAUAGAGAAGUAGGGACCGGGG